GGGUCCUCUUGAUUUGGAUUUUUAUUUUAUCCUAUAAACAAAAAUAUAAUUUAAGCUUAUUAUUUACAAAACAUAUAUAAAUAAAUAAAAUGUCUUUAGUUCCAGAUUAUGGGGAUUCUUCAAACUCAGAUGAUUCAAGUUCUUCAUCCAGUGAUAGCGAAAAUGAAAUUAUCCCAACCAAGAAGUCCGAUGUUGCAAGUAAAAAUAAAUUGCCGGCACCAAGUUUUGGGGGCUCUAACCCAACAGAAGAAUCAACAAAAUCUUCAGUGUUUAAGAAUCCCUUUAUAGAAGCGGAGAAUGCAAAAGAUGCUAUUUUACAGAAGCACGUUAAAAUGGUGGAGUCAAAGGAUAAUAUGGUUAUAAUAAAUGGGAAAAAGAUUUGCUGGAACUACAGAAAAGGCAGAUGUAGAUUUGGUCAUAACUGUAAAUAUGCACAUGAUUCAGAUGUUCAAAAAACACAAGAACAAGUAGAGGUUGAAAAGGUAUCUGCUCUUCAAAAUUCUGUUGUCUGCGAAAAUUCUCAAACUGGUAUACAUUUAAAACACACAAAAGUAGAUGACGAAGCAUCUGAUGAUGAUGAUGACUCCAAAAAGGCUAAACAGAAACGAAAGAGACCUGGUCUGACUCAAGGUUUAGUUCCUGGUAAAAAGGUUAUGAAACAGUACAUGCACCAAAAGACUUAAAAGUUAUAUUCAGGAUGUUGCUACAAAAGUACAAAUUUUAUAGGUUGUUUUUAAGGAUUCCAGCUGGUUUCAUGCUUUUUACAAACUAAGAAUCGAUGUGAUCUAUUAUGUAAUAAAAUUGUCUUA